AGUCAUUUUGAAAGGAGAAGGCGUGCGUUCCGGCCGGCGUGCUAGCUAUUCUUAAAAUAGAAUUAUCGUAAUUCAAGACGAUAAAUAUUUAAAGUUUCAAAUAAUUCUUGAAUUAUUUUAUUAGAUACAAAGAUGGCAGAACAGGGUUUCUUGAAGCAAAAACCUGGUUUCGCGACUAUCGCUAUUCACCACGGUCAAGAACCGGAAAGAUGGAGUUCGUCUGCCGUUGUUGUACCCAUCGUCACGUCCACAACGUUUAAACAGCCGGCGCCUGCUGAACAUACGGGUUUUGAGUACGGUAGAUCAGGAAACCCCACACGUAAUGUUCUUGAAGAAUGCCUAGCCGCGCUAGACGGCGGAAAGCACGGCUUCACCUUUGCCUCGGGCUUAGGAACCACGACCACACUUUUGGGCCUGCUUAAAGCGGGCGACCACAUUAUUUCCGGCGACGAUGUGUAUGGCGGCACCAACAGAUUAUUCAGAAACGUCGCAGCCGGAAUGAAUAUAGAAACAACAUUCGCCGAUUUCACAAAGCCCGAAGAAGUUGAUAAAGCUGUUAAGGAAAAUACAAAGAUGGUGUGGUUAGAAACCCCAACGAACCCCAACUUGAAGAUCGCCGACAUAGCCACCGUAGUGAAAGCCGUGAAGAGCCACGGCGAACACAUCAUGGUUGUCGUGGACAACACUUUCCUCACUCCGUACCUCCAGAGGCCGUUGGACUUCGGGGCGGACGUGGUCAUGUACUCCCUCACGAAGUACAUGAACGGCCACUCUGACGUCAUAAUGGGGGCGGCAGUUGUCAAUAAUGACGAGCUUGCAGCGAGACUUCGGUUCCUACAAAACGCAAUGGGAGUAGUCCCGUCUCCGUUCGACUGCUACCAGGUCAACCGCAGCUUGAAGACUCUGGCCCUCCGCAUGGAACAGCAUAAGAAGUCAGCGCAAAUCAUCGCUGAGUGGCUGGAGAAACACCCGAAGGUCACAGAAGUUCUGCAUCCAGGACUGAAAUCUCACCCACAACACGAACUGGCGAAGAAACAAAUGACAGGCCAUUCUGGAGUAUUCAGUUUCAAGCAUUCAGGCGGUCUGCAGGAGUCCAGAAAGUUCCUGCAGAGUUUGAAGGUUUUCACUUUGGCCGAGAGCUUGGGCGGAUAUGAGAGUUUGGCUGAGCUACCGUCAGUAAUGACGCACGCGUCAGUGCCAGCCGCUCAGCGCGCCGAGCUCGGCAUUACGGACUCGCUCAUCCGCCUGUCUGUAGGGCUCGAGGACACCGAAGACCUUAUCAAGGACCUGGACCUGGCCUUUAAUGUUAGCUUUUAAUUGUACUAGCAUUGCUGCCAUUUGGAAAUAUUUAUACGGCAUGAGAGUGUUAAGGUGAAGGGUGAUUCGACGCUAGCGCCAAGGGUCGACACCCUAUGAGGCAACAGACCGGGGCCCAGCAGAAAUCCCGUCUCGAUCAAAGCCUGACACGGGGUUCCUGUCAGAAUUUGUUGCCCGUGGCUUCGCAAAGGCUACGGCCGGAUAUUACUUAUAUCGUAAAUUCAAUAAAUGUUCAGUAAUAAAAAAUGUCGGCAACCUGCUUUGGUAAAAGUGACCAGUUUUAGACAAGUUUUUAGAGUUUUACUACAAAACGAAAAAUUGUAUACAGUCUUAUCUCAUUAAAUUGUUAAAAGAGAAACUGAAUAUUCAGCUAAUUUUAAAAAUAUAUCAAAAUAUCGGAAGUAUCGUUAGAUUCGCAUCACCCUUCAACUUAAUCAUGCUAUCGUAAAAUUAAUUAAAUGUAUUGUAAUCAAUUCUACACUAAAGCCGGUUCACAGUCUGAACGGUAAACGUUUCUGUGAUACACGCAUCACCAUCAGUUACCGUUUUGAUGCAUCACAAGUGCACACGAUAUGGCAAUGGCACCGAUAUUUCGUCUUGCCUUCAGUAGAAGAGAUCGUAUGGCAGGUUCGUAGGAAUUUUAAUUUUUGACAUUAAU